UUUAUUGACUUUCUAUUGUUUAUUAUUUUAAUUUCACAAUUAAUUCAGUUGAUUGUUAUUUUCUCUGUCUCUCUCCUUCAUUGUCUACGUUUGUUUCUCCCUUUAUCGCUUUAAUUAGAUUCAUUUUCCUCUAUUGACUCAGUCACCGUUUCCUCUUUCACUAUUCCCAUUUUCAAGUCAACUCGGACUGCCCUUUCCUCUGCUAAAAGGGCAAUUAAACACAUUCCUAGGAUAAUUAAUCGGGCAUCUUUACACUUAUUCGAAAUGGCUUCAGGCUCUAAACCGGUUGUAAUUGAUUCCAGAGAUGGUAAACACACCGCAACGAUUAUAUUUCUUCAUGGUCUUGGUGAUACAGGUCAUGGUUGGGCUGAUUCUCUCUCAGCAAUACAACCUUCUUACUGUAAAUUAAUCUGUCCCACUGCUCCUGUUCAACCGGUUACUCUAAAUGCUGGUAUGAUUAUGCCCUCUUGGUUUGACCUGAUGACCCUUACCCAUGAUGGACCUGAAGAUGGAGAAGGUAUUUUGAAGGCUUCCGCAUCCAUUAUGAAAAUUAUUGAAGAGGAACAAAGUAAACACAAUAUACCCUCAAAUCGUAUUCUUCUUGGUGGAUUUUCUCAAGGCGGUGCACUUUCCCUUCACACUGGACUUCGUUAUUCUCAACCUUUGGCCGGUAUUCUGGCCUUGAGUUGCUGGCUACCUCUUCAUAAAGAAUAUCCUAAUGCAUUUGUUCAGGGUAACAAGGAAGUUCCAAUUCUUCAAUGUCAUGGAGAUUCUGAUCCAUUGGUACCCAAAAUGUGGGGCAACAUAACUGCCGACAUAUUGAAAGAAAUGCUUAAAACAACAGAGUUUAAAGUCUAUCGAAACAUGGGACAUACAUCUUGUAAUGAGGAAAUGAGAGAUGCUGCUGAAUUCAUCAAAAAGUGUUUACCACCAGUUUAGAAGAAGAGAAAAUAUCAAUUAUUAUUUCCAUGAAACUCUAACCCUUUUUGGAUUAAAAUUCAUGAUGGAACUGAAAAACUGAGAAACGAAUAAUGUUCAACUAAUUUUUCCAUCAUCAGUUUUCAGUAUUCAAUCAUCAACUUCUCCAUUAUCAACAUUAUCAAUGUUUCUUUUACCCGAUUCUACACAAACGUUUAACUCUACACAAACUUAAUGAAUGUUUAUCAAUCAAAAUUGAGAACAAAAAAUAAGAGUUAAUUGCUGGUCUUUUCUGUUGAAACAAUAAUCUAAAAAUCUUAACUGCUCACUAAAUCUUCACGUUAAUCAUCACAAUCACGAUCUAAAUGUUUAUCUUAUAUAACCCAAAUUCACCGAUUCCUGGAAACACUGAUUAGUAUUCAGACUUGAGAAAAUAAUUACAAGAGGAUAAUCAAAUCAUAGAAACAAAUUUUCCUUUUUGUUCCAAUCAAUCUUACUAAACAUAAUUUUCCACUGUCACUACAAUCAAAUCAGAUUAUAAUCAAUAAUCAAAGGUUGAUAAAAAAAAUCCCAUUAAUUGUAAAAUCCAAUUGUAACCAAGUCUUCACUCUUAAAAGAUAUUAUCUUCUUCCUCCUUAUGAUAAACAAAAUGAAAAUAAUCAAAUAUUUUUGGUCUUGUUAAACAUAUCAAAUAAUAUAAUAUAUUAUACACAAUACAAA